CCUCCCUGAAUUACUACUCCGAUAAUUAAUUAACAUCACUUUUUUCUUUCAGAUUGGUCACGCAACAGUCCGUGAGUCUCGCUCUCUCCGUCUGGUGCACGACGUCCAUCUGAACUCCCACAGAACUUCUCCUUCCGAAGAGCCAGGUACCCAACCGUUGCUCGUAGUAGGUAACGGUCGCACCUACACGGUGACUGACACUUCACCUAAACGAGCUAUUAUGGGGGUGCUCCAUAAGCAGGCCAUGGUGAGGAAGAGCAAGAGUGGAGGAUCUGUCACCGAGAUAGAGGAGGAAGAGGAGCAGAUCUACUGGCUGAGGCCGGCUCUGGCAGCCAACCAACAGUCUCCAGACGGCAGCGGAUACUUCUGCUGGUUCAAAAAACGGCCCAAGCACAAGGUCACCUUUGACGAUAGCACCAGCACAUCUGUUAAUCGGUAAUAUAUCACACUAUCGGUGUCUGUAUACAUUAAUGUGUUAGUGACAAGUUAUACGCAUGUCAAAUGAACGGUUGCUAUGGACUUGACAUUUGGAUGGCGAAUACUCACAUAUCAUAGCUAUUCACAAGGGUAGAGAUUUGAAUUAUUCGGAGCAGUAAAUGUUGGCUUACUGAAUAAUCACGCGAUAUCAUGCGUAUAACAUGUCACUUAGAUUGUAGGCGUAGUUGAAUGCAUUUUGUUUUCUGUGUGAUAUAAUCGGUGCUGUGGAGGAUAAUUUCGUACAUUACAUACAUUACAAAACUUUGAGAAUAAUCUUAGAAGCCCUUCGAUACGACUCAUUGUCACUCUCAUUCUCAACGUUCGUAUGAAAGAAUAAAUUUGCGAAAUUACGCUUCACAGCAUUUACAAAAAUUUGCAAAGUAGUUGUAGAUGCACCGUUUUUGUUUUGUACCGAAUCACCGUACAUUGUGGUUAAUUUUCCUUUUAUAUUGUGUUUAACAUUAUUUAUUGUAAAAUUUUCUUCUCCAUGAGACUUUAUCGAAGACUGAAAAUCUUUACUGUAUUCUUAUCAAGUACAAACUAUUUAACAAUGAACUUACAUAGAUCGCAAGCUCAUCGGAACUGUUGUUUAAGACGAUCUAACCAAAAUAAGUAAGACUUUUAGAAUUAAAGAAUAUUUGUGGAAGAUUGCAGGUUAGAACUUGUUAACGAUUCCAUUUUUAACCCAUCCCAUAAGAGAAUUAUUUCACUCGCCGAAAGCCAUAGCAAAGUUGACGUCUAUCAGAUUUUUGAAUUUGAGUUCCAUCUGUUACCACAAUCGGCCAUUGCAAGGUAAAUAGCUAUUGUUGAUAAGAGCUAGGUCAACCAUUUUCGUUAUAGUGUCAGAAAGAUUCUUAACUCCUUAUAGUAAAUGAGUAGAAAAUUUACUGCUACUGUUUGGUUUUAAAUAAGAGCAUAACAAAACACAAAAAUAGUUUAUUGCUCGAAAAUCCCGCAUUUCACAUCGAUGUUCGACUCUCCACAUUUCCAGUCAACUGAGUGACAGUCGAUAUAUCGACACCCGGGUUGUGGUUUGAUGAAAUUGGAUUGUUAAUAUCGGCCGGCAAUAUCAAGUAGGCGAUGUUUCAAUUUCCUCCCGUAACAAAACACUGCCGUUCCAGGUCGUUUAAUCGACACAUCCCAGCUUGACGGAAGCCUACUAGAUCGAUAAUGGUUAACUUAGGAGGCCAGAAUGCUGCGUAUCCGACAACUAGGUCGGUACCUGGUGUAUGUUAUGUUUUAUUAUCAUUAUGUUGGAGUAAAUAUGCUACCUAGGUUCUCUUAAAUUUUGAUCUUGAAUCGAGAUGCAGAUACUUGGAAUGUGGUGUACAAUAGAUUUAACUGUUCGAAAUUGAUUUCUUUAUCUACCAACCAUCUUACACUUCUAAAUGACGUUUUAAAUUCCAACACCUGUGCAAAUUAUUGGCACUUGAAGACCUUAGUAUAUCUAAAUAACUACUGGUUGAUUUAAAAAUGCGUAGUCGUAGAAUAUGUGUUCUUUAAAAGGAGUGAAACGAUGUUUAAACAGUUAAAAUUGGACUACUGAUUGCAAAGGUAUGUUGUUGCCAAAAGACCACGAUUUGAAUCGCGUGACCCGAUGUUUUUACUAAUCAUGCCUCACAUUUAGUGGCCACAGCAUCUUCUUCAAACAAAGUUCAUGGUAGCUUUCGUCAAAAUUCUCACAUUAUCAAAAAUAUGAGACUCUCCGUUCGAAUUGACAGUCAACGUGUAUCAGAAAUUUCAUACCCCGCCUCUUGACGAGUUUUUGAUAACGUUCCCCGUGUCCCAAACUUCGUUUAACACGAAUUUAAACCGGCCCGAGUUACUUUUCCACAUUUUCCAAUCUCGACGAGUCGCAGCCCUGCCGUGGAAAGCGUGGAAAGAAUGCUGAAUGAAAAAACGCCGAGUAUUCCCUUAGGGCGUGUUUUUAUUUGACGCAUGUUCAGGUUUCGCCACCACGUUUUUCGUAAUUAUGCUCUGGGGAGUUUUUUUGUGGAUGUUCGGACAUUUUCACCAACACGACCAUGCAAAAUAGUCGGAGAAGCUUUGCAACGCGGUGCUUAGCCGG